AUGGCCACCGCCACCUCCCCGCUCCUCUCCCUCUCUUCCCUCUCGGCCUCCCUCCCCUCCCCUUCCCGGGCACCCGCCUCCCUCUCCCUCCGCGCCGUCGCCCCACAGGCCCGCCUGUCGACCUCCUACGCCGCCUUCCCCAUCGGUGGGUUUGGAGCCUCGCCGUCGACGGGAAGGUUGAGGAGGAGGGGGCUCCAGGUGGUGUGCGCCGCCGAGCCGCCCAAGACUGGAAGACAGCCAGACUCGGUGAAGAAGAGGGAGCGUCAGAAUGACAGACACCGCAUCCGCAACCAUGCCCGCAAGGCCGAGAUGCGCACCCGGAUGAAGAAGGUUUUCAGAGCCCUUGAAAAGCUUAGGAAGAAAGCCGAUGCCCAACCUGAAGAAAUCAUUGAAAUAGAGAAAAUGAUCUCCGAGGCAUACAAAGCCAUCGACAAGACAGUGAAGGUUGGCGCCAUGCACAGGAAUACUGGAGAUCAUCGCAAGUCCAGGCUUGCAAGGAGGAAGAAGGCCAUUGAGAUAAUCCGUGGUUGUGAUUUAAACGCUCUUGGCUUGGUCGUGCUAACUGCUAACAUAUCUCGAGGUUCACAGGUGCCUAAGAGCUUCUACCUCGCCCAAGCCGAUGUGGUGGAGGUGGAGCACCUCGCGGCGGAGGCACAGUUGGAGGCAGAGCAAGCGGGUGCUGCCUUCGCUACGCUUGUCACCGAUUCAGGCCUCGUGGCCGAAAACCAGGCCAUCCUUGACUCGCUCCAGUCCGAGCGGGAGGUGGCUUAUCCACCUCCGCGACAUGAGAUGGGAGCGGAUCUUAGCGGACAACAAUGGGGAGGAGGAGAUGCCGAAGAUUCGCCCCACCGUCAAUGA